AUGGCGGGUCGGUCUGAUGGAUGGCUUGGCCCGGCGUUUGGGCUGCGACUGCUGCUGGCGACAGUGCUUCAAACGGUCUCUGCAUUGGGAGCAGAGUUUUCCUCAGAGUCUUGCAGAGAGUUAGGUUUCUCCAGCAACUUGCUCUGCAGCUCCUGUGAUUUGCUUGGACAGUUCAAUCUUCUGCAGCUGGAUCCUGACUGUAGAGGGUGCUGUCAGGAAGAAGCACAAUUUGAAACUAAAAAGCUGUAUGCAGGAGCGAUUCUUGAAGUCUGUGGAUGAAAAUUGGGGAGGUUCCCUCAAGUCCAAGCUUUCGUCAGGAGUGAUAAACCCAAACUAUUCAAAGGACUGCAAAUCAAGUAUGUUCGCGGUUCAGACCCUGUGCUAAAGCUUUUGGACGACAGUGGGAACAUUGCUGAAGAACUAAGCAUCCUCAAAUGGAACACAGACAGUGUAGAAGAAUUCCUGCGUGAGAAGUUGGAACGCAUAUAAAUCUUAAAUUUUGUCCUAUCCUUCUGUUACCUUGUCCAGUGAAAUACUAUAGCACCUAGAAAAUAAUUUAGUUUUGCUUUCUUGCAUUGAUCAGUCUUUUACUGUGAGGCAUUAAACAUCUAAUUAAAAGUUCAAGCGGCAGCACAGCCCAUGAUAGGUAAGAAGUUAACAAAACCCUUUUUUAUAAGUUUCCAUCCUUCCUUUGUUGAUACCACUAGUAACAGAAUGCCUGGUAGUAGACUUGUGGUUAAUUGUGCAGGUGAUAGUUUGUGAUAAUUGGUCAGUUUCAUGAACAGCAGAUUUCUAAAUUAGGGAGGUUAAUGAGAUGAUUGUUGUGCUUCGUGUGCUGUGUGCUCUCUGAG